GUCGUUGCGCGUCAGCUAGUAUGGAUGUGGUUAUAGUUCUUUCUCUCUCGUUUGCUGCGUUUCGUAAACUUUUCGAACUUUUUUAAAAGAAAACGAACCAUUUUUACCACACUAAGUGAUAUUUUUCAAGUUUUUCAUUGACUUUAGUGACUUUUUAUAAUCCAGAAUGCUGUGUCGGGUGGCGUUUUUUGUCUUUGUUGCCAUCAUUACAGCGGCGCUUGCUGACAGACAACCGCAAUUGACCAUCCAGCCCAGCACACCAGUCGUUUCCAAAGAAGUUGGAGGCAAGCUAGCCUUAACAUGUGCACCUGACGUGGAAGAAUCAAGUCUCAUCUCCCAGUUGGAAUGGAGGGAUUCAAAAAACCGUAGAAUAGAGUCCACCAAUAACGGGAAAAAGACUUUUUCACAGAGUAACGGGCGCGACCUAAUCCUCUUCUUCCAAGAAUUACAAGAGCGAGAUGCGGGCAACUACACUUGUGUCGCCAAUUACGGCAGUGAGACCUUGAAAUCAACCGUGGUGGUCAACACUUACGUUGAUAUCACGUUUGUGAACGCUCCUGAGUCCCAGUACCCCAAAGUCGGGGAGGACUACCUCGUUAGGUGUAAAGUCCACGGGAACCCCACACCGAUCGUCGAGUGGUCAAAGAAAGACAAUAAGAUUGAAUCGAACGAGAAGUACGUCAUACAGAGCGAUGGUCUGCUGAUCAAAAAUCCGACGGAAGCGGACGAUGGCAGCUACACGUGCCGGGCUUAUGCCGUCUCGACCGGCGGCUUCAAAGAGAGAGUGAUUAAGCUGGAAGUGAUUAUUCCCCCGGUGAUCAAAGACAUGGAGCCUGUUUCGGUGAUCGAGGGCGAACAAGCCUGGACCAAGUGCGAAGCCACGGGAAAGCCGCCACCAACUUACAGCUGGAUCAAGCAACGGAACAGCCAAGACUUGUCGAAGAGUGACCGCUUCACCGUCAAACAGACCACCGGGAAUCUCCUCAUCAGCAAAGUGGAAUUCAACGACGACGAUUUUUACAAAUGCACGGCGGAGAACAAGGCCGGACGUGCCGAAAAAACCGUCAAAAUCAACGUCUUGGUCAAGCCGAAAAUUUUCGAAUUGCUCAACGUCACGGCACCCGUGCACCAGGAAACGAAGAUUAUCUGCAAGGCAAGGGGACGGCCCACACCUAAAGUUUACUUCCGGAAAGUGAGCGAUAAGGAGCACCCGUUCCGGGUGGGCCAACAGCGUGACCCCCGGAUUAUUCUGGAGGAGCAGAUGUUCGAGAAAACGGGGGAGACGUUUGGCACGCUUAUCAUAAGCAACUUGAACAGGUCGGACGACGGGCUGUACGAGUGCAUUGCGGAGAACAGCGCUGGGACCGGCUACAAAAACGGUCACAUUACUGUUGAAUUUCCGCCGACUUUUGAGCGCACCAAGCUCCUGGAGCCCAUCGCCUGGACGUGGCUCAACCACCCCGGGAACCUCACAUGCAUCCCGGAGGCCAUCCCGAACGCCACAGUGGUGUGGAAGCACAACGGCUACAUCAUAAACCCGGGGAACCCCCCGUUUAAAAUCCAGGGUUUCGGGCCCACCUCUCACCUGAUUGUUGACGCGUUCAACGACCCGCGUUUUUACGGCGAGUACGAGUGUCUGGCGACCAACAAGCUGGGGAAGGCGACGCACUCGAUCACGCUGAAGGAGGCCCAAGUGCCCGCAGAUGUGGACAAGGUGCAGAUUCAAACCCUCACGGCCACUACUAUCAAAUUCAACAUUGUUCCACCUCAGUACUUUGAUACGCUCCCGAUUCGGUCGUUUACGGUUCAGUAUAAGCCUGAAGGGGAGAUUGGGUGGUCGCGUGCCAGGAACAGGACGUGGAGUUUUAGGGCACCGUAUAUUUUGGAGAAUUUGGUGCCGGAAGUGACUUAUAAUUUUCGAUUUGCGGCGGCUAAUGAUGUGGGAUUUGGGCCGUGGACGAAUGCGCCCACGGUGACGAUGCCAAGGCGGUCGGAACCGGCCGAGCCGAAGAUUUAUGUACCUAAUCAUAUUUUGGAUAAUAGUAGUAAUAGGCAGGAUGUGGUUGCUGUGAGUCCCUAUGCGGACCAUUUCGAGUUGAGGUGGCAAGUGCCGAAUGAUAACGGCGAUCCGAUUGAUGUUUAUCUCAUAAGAUAUUGUGUGAUAACGAAAAUCAACGGCGAGUGGCGCGACAGCGACUGCAGCGAAGAGAUCCAGCAAACGUUCAAAUCGACCACUUAUGAUUUAAACUCGUUGAAACCCGAUACGUUCUACAAAAUCGAACUGCGUGCUCACAACUCAAUCGGUUCAAGUUCACCGGCUCAAAUCAAAGUGAAAACAGCCAGAGGCAUCGACCCUGCAGUGCCCUACAACGAGCCUUCAGUCACUAAUUUCGCAAUAAUUGGAAUCGUGGUGGGAGCAGUCAUUCUUGUGCUAAUUCUCGUCGACUUAAUCUGUUUUUGCGUGAACCGCGCGGGGAUUCUCGCGUUUAUCUGCGAUCGAAACCGAUCGAAGCACCAUGAAGAGGACCCGAAACUAGGAAGUCUAUACAGUUGGCGAUUUCCGCUGCCUUAUUGCAGUUACAAAGCUGCCCCGGCGCAUCCCAACAGUCUCAACUUGCCCCUACCUGUCAAACUGGCACCAUCACCAAUGGAGGAAGAGCGUGAGCCUCUAAAGGACGCCCACAUGAACGGAGGAGAGAAAACCAUGUCCGUGGAAUUCGACGGCAAGCACGUCUACUCAAAAUCGGGCGAAAUAAUCGGCAAACAUUCGGCCGUUUAAGAUCUGUGUUUUCAAGUGAGAGCUUCACUCAUUCCAUGACAGUUAAAACAUAGUGCAACAAUGCAAUUCUUGUAAACUACUAUAUUUUUAAAGAGACCGCGUGCCAAAUGAUUGUAGCUUAAAUUUCAUAACUAUUUUAGCCUCAGUAUUAUAUCCAGACGCCGAGUCAAGUUUCUGUGCAAUUUGGAAAAAACUUGAUUGGUGGUUUGUGUACAGCUUCAGUGUUAUGUGUGUAACUAAAGGGAUUAUGUAUAAAUGUUUCAUUUUGUAUAGUUAAUUAGGAUAGUUUAGGUAACGCUACCAAAGCACUUGUGUAUCCGAAUUUGUUAACAGCAGCACUGGCAGUACUUAACUACAGACUGAGCAAUUUUUUCAAGACCCGACAUUGUUUUUAUUCAUUACGUUUUCUAGUUCGUAAGAAAUUAAGUACCAAAGUUAUUAUUUUAGACUAAUGACAUUUUUUAUUGUAUUUAUGAUAUAAUUAAUUAUAUUGUAGCUUUUGAUAUGGAAUAAAGCAAUUAAGUACCUAAUACAAA